UUUUAUGUUUUUUUCAUUAGAGUCUACUCGAAAGCUAAACCGAUAUAAAAGCAAAGGUUUUUAGCAAAAUCAUUAACAGUUUAUCACAGAGUAAUUUAGCAAAAUGUUCAAAAUUUUCGUCUUGACCGCUCUUUUGGCUUUCGCCUAUGCCGACAACAUCGACAAAGAUGCUCAAAUCUUGAGCUUAAAAAACGAUCCUGCCGAUGCUGAAGGUAACUACGCCUACGCUUUCGAAACCAGCAAUGGCAUCCAACAACAAGAAGCUGGCAAUCCUAAUGGUGUAGCUGGUUCUUAUGAAUUCGUCUCGCCCGAAGGUGAAAAAAUCUUCAUCAGUUAUACCGCCGAUGAGAAUGGUUUCCAACCAACUGGUGAUCAUUUGCCCACACCUCCUCCAGUCCCAGAAGCUAUUCUUAAAGCUUUGGAAUACAUUGCCGCCCAUCCUCAACCACAAGAAACUAAAUAGAUAGAUAAGAGAUAUAGUGAGAGACAAGAAAGAUGAAAACGUUUUAGUUGAAUUUGUAGCGAGAAAAUGAAAGGCGAACAAAUUGCAAUUGGUUUAGUUGUAACAGUAAAAUAUUUCUUAGUUAGAAGGCGAAUA